AUGUCUGGUCUCCAACAAGCAGCCAGACGGCUUCUUCGCCAGUCUAUAGCCACCAAAACCAGAUCACCAUUCACAUCAUUGGGCUCUAUCGCACAACUUCACCAACAAGGACCAUCACGCUCAGCCGUUGUCCACGAACAAGCCCUCCCGCAAUCCCAAACACCCUCCGUCGAAGCACCAUCAUUCCUCUCCCAAACCCAACAACAAAAGCCUUCACCAAAAGAAAACAUCACCAACCUAGACAGCAUAAUCUCCCAAAUCCCCCUCGUCCAAACCCUCCGUGCCUCCCACAAAUCCUACAAAGAAUCCCGCCCCCACCUCGCCAUCCCACCCGCUAUCAGACAGCACCAUUUCGUCGGCGGCUCUCUAACGAGCCCAGGCAAGCUCGCCCUAGCACCGUACAUGUGGACCUCAUCGCAAACAAGCAAGAGCAAGAGCAAUACCGAAUCCACCUCAACCGGGAAAACCAGUCGCGUCGUCUCAGUCUUCCACAUCGGCCGUGAUCUCUGCGGUCACCCAGGCUUUGUCCACGGUGGUCUACUAUCCGUACUCUUCGACGAGGUCUUCGCUCGCUGCGUUUCCGCUGCGUUCCCCAGCGGUCUCGGCAUGACUGCUAAUCUGAAUGUAGAUUUCCGGAAACCUGCGCUGCCGGAUCGGAUGUAUGUCUUGCAGGUGGAGACUACUAAGGUUGAAGGGCGGAAGGCCUGGGUGCAGGGUCGUAUGACCUACCUUCCUGUGCAUUUGCCAGUCCCGUCUGACGGGAUUGAAGCUAUUGUCCCUGAUUCGGCGCUGUUGAGAGAGGACGCUGAGGGGUCGGUUAUGGUUGCUGAGGCGAAGGCGUUGUUUAUUGAGCCUAAGUUUGCUGAUUCUAUGGUUUCGGUUUAUCGCACAUAA